CGGGAGGCAGGAGAACGGCCACGGGCACCCUGCAGGCUCCCCAUCCCAGCGCACACGCACGCGGUCCUGCACGCGCCAUGCUGGCCCGGGGAGCCCUCGCGCUCCUGGCCCUGAGCUGGAGCACCUGCCCCAGCCUGGCGGUGCCCCGGGUCACAGACUGCGGCCCGUCCUGCUCUCAGGGCUUCGUCUGCAGGAGUCAUGUGACCCGGAGCAUCCUGAGCAGCUUCUGCCACCAGCCCCCCACGUCCAUGCCCCGGUCAGUCCUGGGGGCCCUGACCCUCUCCACCGCCAUGAAGUGUGACCCCCGCGACGGCUGCUCCCUGCUGCUGCGUGUGAACUCUUCUCUCAGGCUGCACGAGAGCCUGCGGGGCCUGGAGGCCUGCGCCCUGAGCAUGGACACGCAGGAGACACACUGUCAGAGCGUGCGCAUCCCCAGGGCCUCGCGCCGGCUGCACGUGGGGCAGCAGUUCCAGGUGCACUUCGGCUGCUUUGAGGUCAGCGCAGCCCAGAGCGUCCACGUCACCCUGAGGACUGUCCCCCACUUCUGUGGGGUGCAGCUGGAACAGCAGUACCACGUGGAAGACUGUGGAGACGAGGACGUGGGGAGGAACCUGCCCGGCUGCCUGGCCCGGAAGCUGUCCUACUGGGUGGAUCGCAGUCGCAAGGUCAUCCUGGUGCAGCUGCCCGAGGCCGCUGGGGGCACCGACUACUACGUGCGGCUCUGCCUCAAGCGGUUCACCUGCGAGGACGUGGGCGCCCUGGUGCAGGUGGCGGCCAACAGCGUCCCGGGGACGGUCUCCCUGCCCUACAGCCGGGAGCUGCCGUGCCUGUGCCUGGAGAGCUGGGCCGCGACCCCCGAUGCCGUGCGGACCCAGACCUGCCCCUUCGAAGACGACGCGGCGGCAGAGGCGCUGUGGGAGGCCGUCCGCUACCACCCGGCCAGCCAGGCGCUGAGCUGGGAGCCCGCCUGUCCGCUGAGCGGCCUCGUGAGCCUGUGCUGGUGCCCGGAGCCAGGGCCCGCCUGCCUCGAGCUGCAGCACUCCCGGCGGCCCGCCCACGGCAGGGUGCAGUUCUCUCUGGUGGACACGCAGCCGCAGCUCUGCCUCAAGUUCUCCACCAGCCUGGGCUUCCACCUGCGGUGCCCCUUCCAGCAGCCGCGCUUCCCAGCCUGGAAGAUGACCGUGGGGCCAGCGCCCUCGGGCACGCACCUCCGGGUCGCCUUCUCCUCGCCCAGCCCCGCCCGCUUCCAGGUGUGCCUGAGCCACGGGAGGAAGACCUGGCCCCUGGCCUGCCACCGGGCCCCGCAGGCCACCACCCGCUCUGCAGCCUCGGAUGACGGCACAGUGGACGCUGCCUUCGUGGACAUUCCCAGGGACGAGGCCUGUGGGCUGGACACUUGCAUCCAGGGCUGGAGAGCCGACGUGCACUUCUCAGCCCCCCAGCAGCUGUGUGGCAUCCCCUGCGGAGCUGGGGAUGUCCCUCAGGCCCAGACUCCCAGGACCUCGGGCCGGCCCCCCACCUCCUAUGAGACCCCAAGCUAUGCCUGAGGACGCGACAGGCUGGGGAUGCCAACACUCCCUCAGCCUCCACGGCCCGCCCCCUCCACCCCUCCACCCCCCCCCCCGUGUGGGGGUGGGAGAGUGGCCCCUGGCCCCCUCUGGAGGCCCUACACCCCGCGUCCCUGUAAAGGGGCCAGGGCUGGAGGGGUGGGGAGGUGGAGGUGGCAUGUGGGGCUCCAGGCGCCCCCCCCACCUCCGGGGCUGCAGCUCACACUCACCACGUGUCCUCUGGAGGCCUCUGCCUUCACCAAAACCGGACAAGAACUGACGUGCCUGUAUGUGUAGACGCCGUGACCUCAUGUGUAGGAAACCUUAAAGAAUCCCAUGAAAGCCUCAGCUCACAGGCAAGCUCAGCGGCCUGGCGGCCAGUCAGGGCGUCUCUGUCCACAGUGAGCAAUGCCCGGGGCAGCGGGGAAGCUGUCAUUUGCAGAAGCACCAGAGAGGAUAAGGUGCUGAGAAAUAAACUUACCCCGGGAGGCGGGAGGCGGGAGGCGGGA